AUGUCUAACAUUGUCCACUUGCUACCGUCAGGCAGAACAGUUGACGACAUGUUACAGGACCUAAUAUCUCAUCAUAAAACGAUCGAUGUACACCACAACCAUGAAUUAUUUUAUAAUAUAAUUCAUAUAGACGAUGAUGUGAUUAGGAUGCUGCUUUCCGGGGAAGACGUAGACUUUUUGAAGUCUAUUCAGCAGGUCUCUGACACCAGCUUAUCCCCACCCGAUCGAGCGUACGUUCACCAACUACUGGUAAACGCAAUGGCGGGCCCGUUUCAACGUGUUCAUGUUACUGGUGAUGGUACGUCUCUUGAGCGUAUGGAUACUCCCGCUGUUCUUAUUCCUGGUACCUCUGCCUCUAUUGGAUUGGUACCAUACGCUGUAACGGUCAUGGGAGAAUUUGCCAGACUGUUGAAAUAUGGGGGUGUUGACCCUGAUUACGCGGGACCAAAUACUUGGAUGAUAGAGGUGUUGGCAAUUCUCUUACGUGGGCUGUUCCUCUCGUUGGUGAAUGAGGAACGAUCUACCCAAAAGCACACUUUCACUUUAAAGUGGCAAGAUAGGAAUGGAAACUUUUGGGAAAUGCUAAUAGGUGAAUUCUCGGGAUGGCCCUUUGGCUUUGAUCCAGAAAAGUGCUUCACCGACAGAUGUGAGCUGUUCCGUAGCAUGAAGGACAUCCUCGAUGCCCGCAUAGCACAAGCCCUCCACAUGAGCCAGGGUAGAACAGAUCAAAGUAUGCUAAUGUAUGGCAUACAAUCUCGCGGAACUAGUAUCGACUUGUUCGCUUUGAACAUGCCGUUUCCGCACAUAUAUGUCGUUAGCUUGAUCUGUUCGCUGGAGAUACCCUAUCUUAUGGAGAGAAAUUACGAACAACAAAUCCUAAUUUUGGUUGACAGACUCUGGAACAUAUUAAGGAACGGCGUCGCAGAAGAAAUCAUAAAAAUAACAACCAUCGAGCUUGAUCGUCCAUUCCCAAAUCCUGAAGAAUUUGCAACUCAAUUACAAGUUUACCCGAUAAACGGACAAAUCGUUGCGUCUCCCGGUGAAGAAUUUGGGAAUGUAACAAUUCCGAAAGGUCAUCGAUAUGUAGCAGUACCGGAGCAGGCGGUAGAUUUGGAACCACUAUGGGAGUUUUCGGAUCUCCAAUAG